UUAUACCCAGGUUUCCGUGCGCGCUUGUUUCGUCUUCGUUCGCCGCCAUCAUUACAAAGUCGAAAGAGGUUGGUUUUACAGAUUUUUGCGUGGUAGUGUCAUUAUUCGAAAGCUAGCACAAAUGAAGAUGGUUGAUAAAAUAGAAAUGAGUCUUGAUGACAUUAUCAAGCAAAAUAAAGGGACUAGACCGCGUGGUGGCGGUGGCAGACGUGGAAGAGGUGCCGGUAAUUCACCUCGUAGAGGAGCACGCAGAACUCAAAGAGUUGGUGGUGGCGUCAUGCGAGGACGCAGUCGUGGUGGAAUUACCAGAAAUUCUCUUCCGUAUACGAGGGGUGAUGUAAACAGUGCAUGGAAACACGACAUGUUUGAUGGGGUAAAAAAGGUUGGCCGAAGUGCAAUAGGUAGUGCAGGGACAACCAAGCUCCUCGUAUCGAAUCUUGACUUUGGUGUAUCAGAUUCGGAUAUUCAGGAAUUAUUUAGUGAAUUUGGUCCCUUAAAAUCAGCAGCAGUACAUUACGACAGGUCAGGUCGAUCUUUAGGCUCUGCGGAUGUUAUAUUUGAAAGAAGAGCAGACGCUAUUAAAGCAAUGAAACAAUAUAAUGGAGUACCAUUAGAUGGUCGUGAAAUGAACAUACAAGUUGCUACCUCUGAAAUACCAGUCACAUCAAUCCGUGGAGGCCCCAGACUUAGCGGCAGUAGUUUUACACAGAGACCUCAGUCCCGGUUUAGGGGUAAUCGUGGAACAGGAUCCAUCAGAGGUCGAGGGACUGGACGACGCGGUGGCAGAGGGGGCAGUCGACAAGCGAUGAAAACUCCUACCGCUGAAGAAUUAGACGCCGAGUUGGAGGCUUAUGUGAAAGAAGUAAAGUAACAACGUCACAAACCUUUAUACUUCUAAGAUUUUGUUCUGAUUUGACUUAACACAAUACAAUGUGUUUCCCUAAUUUUCAUGAGAAUAUAUAAAAAUAAGUAUAAUUGUAUCAUUAGCAAGAUGUUAUAAGAAAUUUCUUUUAAAUCAAUCUUUUUUUAUUUCUGACGGUUUCUUUGGAAAUUGGCAUGUAAAUUUUACAAACACUUAAAAAGAUAAUUUGUAGGAGUUCAUAAAUUUUUUUAUGAUACCGUAACAUAAAGAAAAUAAAAAGUUAUGAUGUAAAGACUGUAUGGAUUUGUAUGUACUAUCGUGCGAGUGUGAUUAUCAGAUGAAAAAUACAGUAACAUUCAACUUUAA